AUGUUAGAAAUAAAAAGAGGAAACUAGAGAAAUGAAAUAAAAGUAGAGAAAUCAAAGACUAGUUUAAUAUGUUAAUACUCCUUUAAAUUAAUUCGUACACCAGUAAGGUAUGAUUGGAAUAUUAAAUAAAAAUAGGGGAGAGUUUUGUUAUCAUUAGCAAUGUUUUUGUUUGAAUAGUUAUUUAGAGAUGAUGAAAUCAGCAGAACAUAGGAAAUGGGUAUGUCCAAUAUGUAAGAAAGUGUGUUUAAAUUUAAUAAUUGAUAAAUCAUAGAAAUUGAUUUUGGAUAUAGUGAGAGAAUUGAAAUUAAAGGUUGAAUAUGUAACUUUAAAUAAUAAUGUAAGAAAUAAAAAAUAUGAAGGGUAGUUUGGAUAAGGAUGAUGUGUUAUAUAAAAUAAUAUUAGAGAAGGAUUAAAUUAGAAAUGGAUUAAUUGAAUUGAAUGGAACAAUAAAUGAAAUAGAUGUUAAUAGUGAAAUAGGAUAUGAAGUAGAGUAGAUAGAAGAUAGAAAUGAAGCUGAAAUAAUAAUAUGUGAUUGA